UCUCUGUGUUGUUAUUAUCAUAUUCUUGGAUACUUUCAUUGAUGAAAGUUUUGGUAUAUUGGUUUAAUUCUUAUUUGGGUAUCUGUGAGUUUGAAGUUCUGAUUCUUGUUGGCCUGAAAUUCCCCAAUUGUGGCAUAUAAUUAACGUUUUAGAUGAUUCUAGUCCAACUUGCCAUUGAUGAGAAGGCUUGGGUAGCAAGUAACUCCACAUUGAUCGUUUCUUUGAUGCCUUUUAGAGAUUGUGGCCUUAGAUUGGUAGAAGUUUCCUGAUGCUAUUUUGUGGGGGUUUUCUUUUUUUAUAUAUUAUUUUAUUCCUUAAAUGCUGAAAUUUUGAUUGGCCUCAAUAAACAAAGUUCUGGUUGCUUUUCUUAUAAGCUUGAAUAUGGGCAACUGGUUUUGUUCUUACGCACCAAUCUUGAGAUUCUCUUUCUUGGAGACCUUUGUUAUUCGUUGAUCCAAAGACUUAAAGCAGAGGCUCGCCUUGAAGCACAGUUGGAGAAAUUUAUUGAACUGGUUGAAAGGGUUCAUUUUUGGUGACAGAAAUCCUUUAAUGGGGGAGGUACAUGAUGUUUCAUUGAAUGACUUAGAAGUCGACAUGCCUUCCGGAAUCAACUUACAAUCCUCAGGUUCUCAGACUGCCACAUUGAUCAGCGAAAAAAUUUAUGUAAUUGGAGGUUCUGAUGAAGGUAUCUUCUCUGAGAGUGUAAGAAUUUUCCACAAGUCAACUGGAGAAUGGGUGGUUCCUAUUGUAUUGGGCACAAAGCAUGUUAUUUCUAAAGCUCACUCAUCUGUGCUUCUAAACAAAGAGAGGAUACUGGUUCUUGAGAGGGAUGCUCCGACAGACGACAGCAUAUGGUUUCUUGAGGUUGAUACGCCUUACGUCAAAGAGCAAAGGAAAAAGCUAGGAAAGGAAGUGGUAGCAUGGAGUAAGGGACUGAGAGGGGACAGUCCAGUGCCAAUAGUCAUCAGUGGUCCUUCUGGGGUGGGAAAGGGAACCCUCAUUUCUAAGCUGAUGAAAGAAUUCCCUUCUACUUUUGGGUUUUCAGUGAGCCACACAACCAGGUCCCCAAGAUGCAAUGAAAAGAAUGGAGUUCAUUAUCACUUCACAGACAGAAGUAUUAUGGAGAAGGAUAUAAGAGAUGGGAAGUUUCUUGAAUCAGCAUCUGUGCAUGGGAAUCUCUAUGGCACGAGCAUUGAGGCUGUCGAGGCUGUAACUGAUGCCGGAAAGCGGUGCAUUCUAGACAUUGAUGUUCAAGGAGUAAGGUCUGUGAGGGCUAGUUCUUUGGAGGCUAUAUUCAUCUUUAUCUGCCCACCUUCAUUUGAGGAACUCGAGAAGAGGCUUCGUGAUAGGGGAACCGAAACAGAGGAACAGAUUCAGAAGCGACUUAGAAAUGCCAGGGCAGAGCUUGAGCAAGGUCGGUCAUCCAAUCUAUUUGACCAUAUUCUUGUGAAUGACGACCUCGAAAUGUGUUAUGCCAAUCUUAAGAGCAUCUUGGGCCUUGAUAUGGAAAAUGGCGAGGCACGUCAACAUUGUACGAAAAGCAUUGUGCUACCGAAAGGACAUCUAGUGCUUGAAAUGGAUCAAAAGGUUCUGAUUCACGGUGGUACUACUGAACAAGGAAAACCAUCAAAUAUCCUGUAUGUUCUCGAUGCGUCUUCUCUUAAAGGUGGUGCACCAGGCCGAACAAAAGGGUUGAAUAUUUAUGCGAUCGACUCUGUUGAAGGUGGUAUGGGACUAAAUAACCUUUAGAAGACCUCGUUUUGGUGCCAUGAACCAGAGUCUCACAUAUUUUAACCCAAUUCUUGGUUUUCAUUCUAACUUCGAUGACACUGUCAGUAUCGUGGCGAGUGCUGAUUGAUUAUGAAGGAUUCAUGAAUUCUACACACAUGCUGGAUACAUUCAAAGCCUCUGAAAUUUUGUUUGUUUAAUAUUUAAGGGAUAUAUACACUUGUAUGAGAGUGUUUUUUACUAGAAUUGGGCUUCAGCAGCAUUGUUUCCUUUCUCAUGAGUACCAAAAGGGAGAAAGAUUGGACAGAUUAUUGAAAUUCUUUAUUUAUCAAUGAAGUACUGUAGUAUCUAUUGACCCCACAAUUGGAGAGAUGCGUGUUGGGUGCCAACUCUUUAUAAUCUAGAAAGAGAAAUUCAUGAAAAUUUGACGUCAUUGGAUUCUUUCUAUUGCUUGUUAGUAUCGGUUUCAGAAGCCUAAACUGAUGCUGAUGUUUUAACCGAAGAAGUUUUAGUAAGGUAAUUGGCGAGAUUUAAGUAAGCGAAACAAGAGGGGGUACUUGUUUCUACGAGUGGAAGUUAGAUGGGAAGAAGGUUGAUUGGGUGGUCCACAUGGGAAACAGGUGCAGGGUUGUAAGAGGCAGACAAGUUGUUGACCAUGUGAGCGUCCAUGUUGCUCUUUAUGGUUGGAUAUGAGAUGUCUACUGUCGUACCUUUCUGUC